UUCAACAAUGAAAGUGCCAGAGAGAAAGGGUACAUCAUGGAAAAUGCUCUCCACUUGGCUGAUGUGAGGACUAAGAUAUUACUCAAGCUGAUCACAUUUCUGGUUAAAAAAAAAAAAAAAGACAAGCAAUUACAUAACUUCUUUCCCUGCUGACUGUGCAGGGAACUCUUAUCAGGGCUCUAGCCAAGUCUACUUUGACCUUUUAAUCUCGCUUCAUUUCUAUUCCCUGUUUGCUUGUCUGCCCUGUGGUACUCUAGUGAUCCCUGCUUGGCUACCCCUUUACUUGCAGUUCUCUGGACAGCGACAAUGGCUUUUUCCAGCAGUUCGUGCCCAGAAGAACUGACCUUCCCAGAAGGAUUUGGCUGGGGAGCAGCCACAGCAGCAUAUCAAGUGGAAGGAGGCUGGGAUGCAGAUGGAAAAGGCCCUAAUGUCUGGGACACAUUCACCCAUCAGGGAGGAGAUCGAGUUUUCAGGAACCAGACUGCUGAUGUAGCUUGUGGCAGCUAUACUCUGUGGGAGGAAGAUCUGAAAUGUAUCAAACAGCUUGGAUUGACUCAUUAUCGCUUUUCUCUUUCCUGGUCACGUCUGUUACCUGAUGGGACGACAGGUUUCAUCAACCAGAAAGGAAUUGAUUACUACAACAAGAUGAUAAAUGACCUUUUAGCAAAUGGCAUCACACCCGUGGUAACUUUGUAUCACUUUGAUUUCCCCCAACCUUUAGAAGAUCAAGGGGGCUGGAAAACUGGGGCGAUCAUUGAAGUUUUUGACGCCUAUGCCCGAUUUUGUUUUGGCACUUUCGGAGAUCGGGUCAAACUGUGGAUCACUAUAAAUGAGCCCAAUAUCCUUGCUCUGUUUGCUUAUGAAAAAGGCAUGUUUCCUCCAGGUGUCCCUAACCCUGGAAUCGGAGCUUAUCAGGCAGUUCAUAAUAUGAUCAAAGCUCACGCCAAAGCCUGGCACAGUUACGAUUCUUUGUUCAGAAAAAAGCAGAAUGGUCAGGUGUCCGUAGCAUUGUUCUCCCCCUGGGUUGCACCAGCCAAUCCCACAUCUGUAGCUGACCAGGAAGCUGCAAAAAGGGCCAUGGUCUUGGCCCUAGAUUCAUUUGCAAAACCUAUAUUUAUCGAUGGUGAUUAUCCCGCUGAACUGAAGUCCCGGGUUGCCGCCAUGAGUAAAAAGCAAGGUUAUCCAUCGUCAAGACUCCCUGAGUUCACAGAUGAAGAAAAGAAAAUGAUCAAAGGGACUGCUGAUUUUUUUGCUGUACAAUAUUACACGGCUAGCUUAGCAAAGCACCGGGAGAAUUCAGGGGGAGAACCGAGUCUUCUCAAUGAUAUAGAGGUUGAAGUAUUCCCCGAUCCGUCCUGGCAGGUUUCCUUUCCUGGCUCUUGGAUCUACGUGGUGCCAUGGGGCCUUCGGGAACUCUUGAAAUACAUUAAGGAUACGUAUAAUAACCCUGUAAUUUACAUCACCGAGAAUGGAUUUCCCCAGGGUGACCCUGCUCCACUUGAUGACACUCAACGCUGGGAGUAUUUCAGACAGACAAUACAGGAACUGUACAAAGCUAUCCAUCUUGAUAAAGUCAAUCUUCAAUUAUAUUGUGUCUGGUCCCUUUUGGAUAACUUUGAGUGGACUGCGGGAUAUAGUAAUAAAUUUGGUCUCUAUCAAGUCGACUUUGAAAAUCCAGCUCUACCUCGUGUUCCUUACAAAUCAGCGAUGGAGUACGCCAAGGUUAUCCAGAAUAAUGGAAUCAAAGGAUCCCUAUAGAAACAGGAAAAACUCAAACUUGGAGAAACUUGAAGAAGAAGAAAAAUCCUUCAUGCCUACAUAAGGACAUGUUUGACAAUCCCCAUGGAGCAAAAUUUAUAAUCAGAUUCCUGACUGAUUUACAUGUUAAAAUACAUUCAUGAGAUCGUGAGAUCAUGAUCGUAAGAUCAUGAGAAUGGAAUUUCUUUACUGGAAGUUCCAUAUCGUAAUUUAAUCAUUGGUCUAGUCCAAAAAAGAUUGAAGAUGAUUUUAAAUAAUAUCUUAAUUACUUAUUAAUUUUUAUUCUAACUUUCUCUACAGCAGGAUAUGAGGUAAUGGGUUUUUUAAAGGUUUGAGAUAUUAUAGAAUUUUAUAUGUGAAAGGGACCUUAAAGAUCAUUUAAUCCCACUUCUUCAUUUUUUUUAUGCAAGGUAUUAUAGAACUUUUCAGGUUUAAGAGACCUUAGAGAAUAUUUAAUGCCACCUCCUAAUUUUAUUCAUUUAACUACUUCCUCCCUCUUUUUUAUCAUACAAAAUAUUACAGAAUUUUUACAUGUGGAGGGAUCUUCACAUUUACCCUCAUUUAUUGAAUAAAUGAGAACCAGAGAGAUGAAUAAGUUUCUGAAACUCACAGAGCAAUGGAGUAGGGAUUGAAAUCUAGCCUCCUGACUUUUGGGCUCUUUUCACUAUAUAAAUCAAACCUGUGGUCAUGGAGUUCAAAAAAAAGUAGUCUAUGUAUCUACAUGCAAUUCCACAAAUAAAUAAACAGCUUCUGUAGAGUAAAUAAAUUAUCUACACACAUAUCUCAUGAUUUUUAGAAUGUAAGGAGAUGCUAUUGUGAUUUUUAUAGCUUGAAUUGAUGCUUUACUCUUUUGUUGUCAUCUGAUUUCUCAUUCAAUGGAUAUCUUCACAUAUGGAUCUGACUAUGAGAAGUGUAAAAGGGGUCAGCAUCCCCUGAUGAGUUGGAAGUAAUUAUCCUGUCCUAAGAAAACAACAUGCUUUUUUUUUUUUUUUGAAAGAAGAAUAGAAAAUAACUCACUGACUUUUGGAAUUAAAAAAAUAUCCAGAAUAUAAAAGCCUAAAAUAAAAUUUUCAUCAAUCAUAAAGGAAAAGCAAUUAUAGAAA